GACAGUCCUCGAGAAAACACUUACUCGAUCGGGUUUCUUGCGAAAAGAGCUUAUCACCGCUACGAUUGAAUGGGAAAAAAAAAGUGCAACGACUUACGAUUUAUGUCCAGCUGAUGGAAGUUUGCGCCGUGAGAUUACUUCGAGCUGGAACUAAGUGAAUCUUAUAAUUUGGGAAGAUAUUUGCCUUCAAUUCAGCUAACUGAGGUCGUGUGCAAGAUUUUAGUGCAAAUCAUCACACUAAGAGGUGCUGGCCAAAUAACUACUGCAUGUGACGGUGCAUUUCGUCCGAAGUUGACAAGUGCAGUGGAGUGUAGUUCAAAAAGUAAAACAAAAAUUAUGCCGUACAGAGCAGGAGACGCAUGGUGUUUUUGCUAAAUAAAAUCAAUGCCUUUCCCGACAGAAACCUUCCAACAGAUUCGUUCAUCCGAUAUAGAUUGAAGAAAUUAAGCUGAAAAUCUGUCCUCAAUCUCGAAAAGCCGGGUCUAUCGCACAUUUUCUCUUCUGUCGGUGGCGGUGAAAAUAUAAUCAAAUUAAACAAAUACCUAUUUGUUUCGAACAAACACACGCCAUCGUUCGCAGUGACGCCGCGAAGAAAAAAACGCGAAUUCAGCGGCUGAUUGUGACGAAAUAAGGGAAGCAAAAAAACGAAAAUCGGCAACUAAUCGUCAUAAACUAAGUGUGGUAUAUUUGUAAGUUAUUGCAAACAGGCGGCGCACCGAUUUGGGCGCAGUUCUAUCCGGCUUACAUAAGACACGGUGACCGAGAAGAGAUAAUCCCGGUUAUUUUUAAGGCGAUUUCGCUGAAGUUUUCAUGCGAAUUGGAUGCGACUCAAAAUGCGUUUCUCACCGAUGCAAUGUUUGCUGUUUGUGCUGGCGAUCUUCGGUCCAACCGCGGUCAGCUGCUCCAAAAUUCUUGUGCUCGUUCCUUUCCCAGCGCCGAGCCAUUGGCUUUGGUUGGAGCAUUUUGUCCAGGAACUGCUGAAUCGGGGCCACAUGGUAACGGCCAUCACCAAUUUUGCGAGCCCGGAGAAGCACGAAAAUUACACGGAAAUACUUAUAGACCCACCCUACGAUAUCCCGUACUAUUUUCCCAUAGCGGAUAUUUUCGAGUCCAAAUACUCCAGCGACAUCAAGAAUUUGUUCCUGUACUGGAAUGUGGGACUUUCGACGACGAAAUAUGCCCUGGAGAAUCCGAACGUGCAGGAAUUCAUCGAACAUGACGACACCGAUUUCGAUCUCAUCAUCUCGGAGCAGUUCUAUCAGGAGGCGUUUCUGAUGUUUGCCCACAAAUACCGAGCACCGAUUGUAACCGUAGGAACCCUGGGUUACACCGAUUCGAUGGACCGAGCCAUGGGUCUUCUGACACCCUGGUCAUUUGUGCCGCAUCCCGUUCUGCUGUACAUGGACGAGAUGACUUUCAGCCAGCGAUGCUACAACUUCAUGAUUUCACUGGCCGAUGCGGUGAUUCGGCGAUACUACUAUAUGCCUCAGCAGGAUAAAAUGGCGAAGACAUAUUUUGCCACAAUUGAAGGUCCCGAAUCAUCCCCAUCGGUUUACGAGCUUGAAAAAGGAAUAUCUGUGAUGCUUAUCAACAGUCACAUCUCGACUUUUGCACCCAGACCAGCCAUAUCGGGAUUGGUAAAUGUCGCCGGUGCUCAUAUAAAACCGGCAAAACCUUUGCCCGCUGAUAUUCGUCGAUUUCUGGAUAAUGCCAGUGAAGGAGCCAUAUUUUUCAGUUUAGGAUCUUAUGUAAAGAGCGCCGAUAUGCCAAAAGACAAACUGAAAGCGUUUUUUGAGGUUUUUCGUAAUUUGAAACAGAAAGUGCUUUGGAAGUUCGAAGACGAAAGCAUGAGAAACGUGCCGAAAAAUGUGAUGGUCCGGAAGUGGUUGCCUCAGAGCGAUAUAUUGGCUCAUCCAAACAUAGUCCUGUUCAUUACCCACGGGGGAAUGUUUGGUACCCAGGAAGGAAUCUAUCGAGGGGUUCCGAUGCUGUUUAUACCAUUCUAUGGGGAUCAACACCGGAAUGCUCUGCGCGCUGAACGAUCCGGAUACUCACUGACGCUUAACUUUGCUGACGUUAACGCGAUAACAUUGGGAUCCAGGAUCAACGAACUGCUUACCAAUCCCACCUUUAGUCGACUCGCGAAUAAGGCUUCGGAACUGUUCCGAGAUAACAUAGUUCCUCCGAUGGACGAAGCAAUGCACUGGAUCGAGUACGUGAUUCGCCAUAAGGGAGCGAAGCACCUGAAGUCCAAUUCGGUAGAUCUCAACUGGAUACAGUACUUGCUGUUGGAUGUGAUUGCAUUUUUCGUGGCUGUGCUUCUGCUUGUGCUAUAUAUUGCUUAUACUAUUUAUAGACUGCUGUUCGAGAAACCUUCUAAACAGAAAUCCAAAGAUUCAAAAGGUUCCAACGCCAGCAACAAACCAAAGAAUGCCAAAAAGACCAAAACACACUGAAUAAAUUGAUGUCA